AUGACAUGCGCCUUUUGCAGGGCUGUCGGUAGGCACUAUUCGGACUCAUGUGACGAAGUCGUCGAGGUUCCUGUACGCCGUCAAAUGAUCGACGAAAGAGAGGCAUGCGAGGAAUGUCUCGAACACUGCAGGAGAGGAAAACGUUGCCCUAAAUACUAUGUGCGAUGCUACCAUUGUGGCGGUUACGACCAUCAUUCUGCGCUGUGUGGACUACCUGAUGAAAGUGAAGUGACAACGGCAACGCUAGCGAGGGCGCGCCACAGUCUAGCAGAAGCGACAGAGCGCAUCGGGCAGUUGCAAGAAGAUCUACGCCUCUACCAAUACUAA